UCUGCUUUGCGUGUUGACUGGAUCUCAUCAUUACGGUUGUCUUGACUUUAUGUUGUGGUCACAUCAUUAAAAAACUGUCGUCACUUGUUAUGUGUACCAGUGAAUUUACUGUAGAAAAAAGAAUACUGAAACUGGAAUAAUAUUGUACGAUGGCCUAUGAAAAGUAAAAGUGAGGCUGUGCCAAGUACGAUAUAAAAUGACAAGCAGUUAAUUUAAUCCUGGCUCGACAGGAAAUAAAAAGGUGUUCAUCGCGAGAACUCGAGGACGACUUUUGCCCGCGUUUCUAAACAACGUUACGCAAGCAUGACCUGUUAGUUAGCAGGGUAACAGAUCAUAUUUCGGUCCCGUACAGUAACAGUAGUUUUCACGGUCAGUCAAAAGCACCAGGCCAGUUGCAGAUAUUACAAUGGAGAUAAUUGAUGUUCUACCGCCGAGAUUUGGAUAUGUGAUCUUUACAUAUUUUUAUAGCUGGGUCAUGUUGACUUAUCUCGGCGUUAAGGUUGGUGCAGCAAGAAAGAAAUACGAUGUAAAGUACCCAACUAUGUACAGUGACAAGGAGCAGGUUUUCAACUGCAUCCAGAGGGCUCACCAGAAUACACUGGAGGUGUAUCCACAGUGGCUCGUGUUCCAGACCAUCGCUGCGUUAGUGUACCCGACUGCCGCGUCUGUGUUAGGGGUCAUCUGGGUUACCAGCAGGUUCUCCUAUGCCUGGGGAUACUACACUGGUGAUCCAGCAAAGAGGAUGCGUGGUGCUUAUGGGUACAUUGGAUACUUUGGAGUCAUCAUUCUCUCCAUUACAGUUGCUUUGCAGUUACUGGGUAUCAUUUAAUUGAGAGAACCGCAGCCUGUAUCCCUGGUUGGCACUACCUAUUAAAAUAUAUCUGCUUUGUUAUGGGCAGUGCCUUUCAUAUUAUACUGAAAAAAGACAUUGUAAUCACUAUGCUGUCUAAAUAAGCUGUGAAAUGAUCUUGUUUGCUCUGACUUUAAAAACAGCCCAUUCAUAGAAUGUUUGUAUGAUUCAGAUUGCUUAAUAUAAGGACCAGUAAUUUUUUAUUGCUUCAUUUUUUUCUUAUGGUUUUGUUCUUACACACAUAAGUAACAGAUAAGAAUGGCCACCAAGCUAUAUCCAAACAAAGAUGGAUGGAAGCUUGGAGUAGAUUUUGCACAGAUUUAAAUAAAAACUAUGAUUCUUUCUUCAAAGUGAUUCUGUGCUUUAGUUUGUCUAACUUGUGACAGAAUUUUUUUCUUCUGCUAAUUUGGUUUGGUCUUUUCUUUGAACCACUACUUAGAAGAUAAAUGUGACACAGUUAAUUUUGACAUUUCAGGCCAAACCACAAACCAAGAUGCUGAGUUGUGUGCAUAAGACUAUGUUUGUCGGUCUGGACAUUCAUUCAUAACUAGUUGUCUAUUUCCAUCUUUCUUAUUGUGACCUCUGAGACAAGGCCCUCUUAGCUGUCCUUGGUAAUUUUUUGGUAUUUCACAUCUCAUUUAUAGCAGGUAAUUUUAGAAUCCCCCUCUUGUGGUUUUUAUUUCUUCAUUUUCUACCACAUUGUUCAUGAGUGUACAUUGUAAUCAUUUUGAGGACUUUCACCUUUGUGUGUACCAUCAUUAUACCCUUACUUCAUUGUUUCUCUGCACUAAAUAAACAUUUGCUUCAAAAUCAA